AUGGAAUUACACAAGAAAAUAAGAAUAUUGUUGAAAGUAGCAUCAUUGGAUUUAGGAGCUUUGCUAAGUUUUUAGAGUUAGAUGGAGAUCAAGAGUGCAUAAAUGCUUUAGUAGAAAAGGCAGAUAAUACAAAUUCUAAUGAGUCUAUUAAAAAAAAUAUUCUUACAAUAUUAGGUUCUUGUAAAUUAGACAGUGCUCACAAAUAAAAGCUGGAACUAUCUAGCUUAGAUCCUACUACAGACAGUGAAUAUCUAGAAAAAAUAUCUAAUCUUUCAAAGCAAUCUCCAUUACUUAAACAAAAUUUUAAGCAAUUAAAUUUCAUUAUUGAUAAUUAUCCCGACUCACAAUUCAAAUAUAGCAAUUUUAUCUGCUAGCACUAAGUCAAGUGACCUAAAGAGAUCAUGCUAUCAUUUAGUAAAUCAAAUUAUAGCAACUGGUAGAAAAUUUAAUGAUAAGAUCAUGUCAUUGUUAGUACGUGACGAAAGUAGGGAGCUAGUACAAUCCACUUUAGAACUAGCUGCUAAAAAUCAGGAAAUUUCAUUUCAAGCAAGCCUGUUACUAAGGAUUGAUAGUAUAAAACCUCCAAUUAGUACACAAGAUUCAAAUAAAUUACUUAAAGAUAUUCAUCAUGAACUUAGAAAUGGAUUUGAGCUAACUGAUUUUACUAUUCAAAAGUUGUUAGAGAUAUAAUUUUUUGAGCAAAAAAUGGAAGACUACUCAAAUUUAGAAAAUUUCUCCAAUAUUUUUGCAUACAUUUUAGUUUAAUAACCUAAAUAUUGUUCAAAUCAAACAAUUGUUUCGGUUAUCGAACAACGAAUAUUGUCUAAAAAAGUAAGCAGCGAUAUCAUUAAUGGGUAUAACAAAAUUAUCAGAGAAGGGAGUUAUUUAAAUUUAGAUAAUGCAGUCGAUACUUUGGCAGAAUGCUUGUAAGAGGGUAACUAAACUGAAAAAUUGAAUUUAGCAAUGCUUCGUUGCAUAAGCAGUGCAGCUGAAGUAGCUAAGAAUAUAUCUAAAAAAUGUUUAUCUGUUCUAGAAAGUAAUAUAGAUAGCUCUGAUGAAAAUAUUAGGAGUUUAUCAUUUAGAGGAUUAUGGGCUGCUUAGGAUAAGGGGCAUACAUCAGAAAUAUUUAAAAUAUGGUGCAGUGAUGCUAUUACUAAUUUAAGACUUAAAGUUAGUACAGAAGUUAAGCUUGAUUUAGAAUUACUUGAUACUCUAGCUUCAUUAAAAUAUUUAGAUCUCAACAAGAUUGCUCAAAAACCUUAAAUUUAAUGGAAGAGAGAGCUAUUACUUUCUGAUUUACUAGCAAGAUUUGAUUUAAGUGAGGGAGAUUAGUUUAACUUUUAUAAAAAUUGGAUAUAUAUUGAAUAAAGUAAAAAAUUUCAAAUAGGAAAAUCAGAAGAAAUACUUAAAGCUCUCAUAAUUAGUCGAAAUAAUGACAAUUUAUCAUUUGAGCAGUUAAAUGACAUCGUAGUGAUAUUUUUUUCAACUAUUGAUUCUGAAACAGCACAUAAUAUAUUGUUGAAUAGUACUAACAGUUAUUUUGAUCUAAAGCAAAAGUGGGUAGAACAGUUACUAUUAGAGCGCAUAAACCAAGAAACAAGUAAUAUUUAUAUUUAAAAACUUGCUUUUGAUAUCUGUAACAAAUUUGAUACUGCAGUAGUUGAAAAAUUGCUAAAUUCCAUAUCCACUAUAACAUAUCUGAGAGAAUUUGAACUUUUAUUAGAUUUUGCUAAAAUAAAUUAAAUCAAAGUGUCCGAUAUAAAUAUACAAUAGGCCAGAGUUAAUUAAUUAAUAAGAUCAUUAGAGCUAAAGAUUUUAGGUAAUUAUUUUCAAGGAUCUGUAGAUCGUUUUAAGUUAGCUAAUAUACUUAAUAAUCUUUUAGAGAAAGGAUGGGCUCUUGAACAAUUAAAAGCCAUGUUUAUCAAUCUUAAAUCUUUAAAUACCAUAGAACAAGUCUUCAAAGAAUAAAACCUUAUUUCCAUAAUUCAAAUAUUAGAUGAAUACAAAAUUGCCCAGUUUUACCACCAAGAUAUUUUAACUGUGCUUAUGUAGUAAAAUCCAGAGGAUUGGUUAAAGGGAAUAAAUCAAAUCGCAGUAAGACAUAAUUUUCAAACUAUAGGCAAGGUAAAAAAUACUACUGAGCUAGUGGGUGAAUUAAAAAGUAGAAAUUUACACAACUAAUAAGUAUUGGAGAUGAUUGAUGGUGGCUUAAUUAGCUAGAUAGCACAAAUUUAAAACACAAGAUUAGAAAGUAAAAUUUAUUUAAAUGUGAGAAAUUUAAAUAGAUCUCAAUUAAUUAUUAAAUGGGACAAAUCAGAUAUAUAAGAAUGGUCCAGAAUUGUUAAAUCUGAUCCUGAUAGCUUAAAAAAUUAUAAUUCUCUUAUUGAGGCACUUGCUGUAAUAAAAAGAGCAAAUUUUUUACAUACAGGCUUUCUUAUGACAGAUUCUCAAAUUUUGAGUUGCUUAGUGACAUUACAGGCUAAUCAAGAUCAGGGAAGACUGUUGCAAAUAGCAACUGGUGAGGGUAAAUCCACUAUUAUUAGUGUGCUUGCUAUAAUUAGUGCGUUGAAAGGUAAGAAAGUAGAUAUUAUAACUAGUUCGCCAGUACUUGCUGAACGAGAUGCUAAGGAAAAAGCUGGACUAUAUAAUAUCUUUGGAUUAAGCUGUACCGAUAAUAAUGAUAAAUCUGUUUAUAUUAAAGGAGCUAAACCUUGCUACUAAAUGGAUAUAGUAUAUGGCGAAGUAGCUCAAUUCCAGUUUGAUAGUUUAAGAGAUGGAUAUAGCUAACUUGGUACAUUGGAUAAUAGAAAAUAUGAAGUUGCAAUUAUUGAUGAAGUAGACAGUAUGCUUAUUGAUGAUAGUUCUAAAAUUGCAAGACUCAGUUCUGCUAUUGCCGGUAUGGAUCAACUACAACCUUUAUAUCAUUUUCUAUGGCAAAGGCUGAUCUCUAUGCAAGAGAAAAUUGUUGAAAUUGAUGGUAAAAUGUGUCUCUUGUAUGGUAAAAUAAGUUAUGAGCACAACAAUAUUAUAUUAGAAUAUGCAGAUGAAAAAGGACAGCUUAUAAAAGUACCUGAUCUAAAAAACUAUAUUAAAUCUAUUAAAGAUAUAAGUGAUAUUGGUCAAUUUAUAGAAGGUGAAAUCGAAGUAUUUCUUAAAAGUCAUCUUUCGGAUUACAUAAAUGAACUAUUUGAGAAUAGUUUUAUAAAAAUACCUGGUAAUUUUAAAGAAUUUGUAGAAAAUCAAGCAUCUAAAUGGAUAGACAAUGCUGUCGUAGCCUUUGGCUAUCAAGAGAAUGUACAUUAUGUCGUACAAGAAGGAGUUAUAAAACCUGUAGACUAUAACAGCACAGGGAUUGUUCAAAGUUCUACUAAUUGGAGUGAUGGUUUGCACUAAUUCUUAUAGAUUAAGCACUCUCUGAAAGUGACUUCUGAGACUUUUAUGACAAAUUUUAGAUCAAAUAUGGGGUAUUUUAAUAAUUAUGGUAGUAAUCUUUUUGGUCUUACUGGUACCCUUGGGUCUAUGAAAGCAAAAGAAGUAUUAUCAGAAGUUUAUAAUGUAGAUCUUGUCGAUAUCCCUAGUUUGCAUCAAAAGCAGUAUCUUGAGUUAUCUACUGUAGUCACUGCUAAUUAAACCAAGUGGUUUAAUGAAAUAUGUUCUUCUGCAAUAAAUGAAGCGAAUAAGGAAAGAGGAACUUUAAUUAUUUGUGAAACAAUAGAGCACGCUAAACUAAUAGCAGAAAAUCUUAAAUCAGAGUAUAGAGCAGGAGCAAUAAAGCUUUACACAAUGAAUAGCAUGAACUAAGAAAGAGAAAUAGAAAAAGUCAAUCCUGGAGAAAUAAUAAUCGCAACAAAUCUUGCAGGGCGAGGAACUGAUAUCAAAACUGAUGAAAUUGAAAAGAAUGGUGGUAUGCAUGUAAUUGUAACCUUUAUGCCAUCUAAUUAGCGUGUUGAAGAGCAAGCAUUUGGUAGGACUGCAAGAUAAGGUAAAUGUGGUACAGGUUAAAUGAUAUUAAACGCAGUUGACUUAAUGGAAUAUGGUGAAUUUAAUCCACAGAAAGUAAAAGAGCUAAGGGAUGGCCUUGAAGUGAAAAUAUUGAACGAAUUUCAAAAGGAAGAACUAAAAUUAAUAGAGAUAAAAGAUAAGUUGUUUAAUCAUUUUUGUUCAUUAUUAAAUAAGAUACGUCAGAGCAUUAGAAAAAAAAGUAAACAGUUGGUUUUUUUUUAAAAAACUACACCAUCAGUAUACGAGGUUAAUCUGCUUUCAGCUAUUGAAGAACAGUGGUCGAUGUUUUUACGUAAGAUAGAUGAGGGAUUAAUUCCAAUUGAAGAUGCUGAGAAUGAAUAUUAAGAAUUUAGAGUAAAAAUUGAAAAUGAUUAUAAAUGUAAUAAUGUAAUAAAAAAUCCUUAUUACCACAUUUCUAUAGCUAACGAUUUAGUGAUUAAUGAUUCCUCACUGAAUGAUAAAUACAAUCAGGCGAUGAGUCAUUUUGAUCAAGCAGUUUAGCUUGAUUAACACUGCAGCGCAGCGGCAUUUGCAGGUAAGGCGUGGCUAUUAUUAAAAGGUAAAGAAAAGUUUUGGACUUAAAAUGAUCAGAGUAGAAAUUAUAAACAGCAAGCCAUUAUAGAAUUUAGCAAAGCCCUAACUGUUUUAAAUGAUGAAAUGGCGUUAUUGAAUUCUAUGCAAUUUAUACUACAGUAGAGUUAGGCAGACAUUAAAAAUGAUUUAUCUAAACAGUUAAUUCAAAAGAUAUAAAUUUUAGAUUCUUAUUCAAAUAGUUUACAAAAUGCUGUCUCUACUAUUAAGAAAUCACAAAGGUUAAUAGACAUAACAUGCAUAAGAAACUACCAAGAUAAGAAAUAAUAUAUUUAGAUAGUCAAUGGUAAUAGCAAUACUUAAUAAAAGAGCACUGAUUAUAAUACUGAAAUUUAUAAAGUAGCAGUUUCUUAUAAUGGUCUUGAAAGAAAUGGGCUUGGGGAGAUAUAUCGAGAACUGGGUUGCUAUGAUGAAUUUGAAGUUGUUUUUAAUGAUUUGACAGUAAGGGAAGAUAGUGGUACUAUUGACCAAGCUAUUGAUACUAUAACGAAAGCCUUUCUUAAUUCUAAGCCCUUCUAUAAUAUAUUUAAUAAGGGUUCUAAAAUUCUAGAUAACUAUAAGAAUAUUAGUAUUAAUUUAACUCAAGUUAAUGCAGAAAGACUAAAAUUAAUGAUAAAUCCUGAUAUUGCAGUCAAAGAAGCAACUAACGUAUUACCUUAUUCAAGGUUAAAUAUUGAGUUUCCAAGAUUAGACUCCAUUAAUGCUAAAAAUAAACUCCGUGAAAUAAAAUCUUAAAAUGUUAGUCUUGAAAUAACAGGUAAGAAAGAUGAAAUACUCACAGCUAUUAGCAAUCUUAAUGUUCAUACUGUAGACUUCUUCAAUUCAGAAAAUAAUAUUACUGAAUCUGUAUAUCUCCAUAAAGCUAAAGAAAAAAUUAGUCAUAUCUAAGAAAGUAUUAUUAGUAUAAAACUUGAAAAUUUAGAUAGCUUGGUUGUUAAUGAAAUUAUAGAUUUAUGCCAAAAUGCAAGUUUUAGUAUUCAUUUUAUAGCAAUAACCCUUAAAGAAAGCUUAGGAGGAUUAAAUGAAGAACAGAUCAAUGUAAGCUUUAAUGAUUUGGGGUAAAUUGAAGCAAUUAAACUUAUUUCCAGUAUUAGAAAAAAAAAUAUGGAUUUUAGUUUAGUGUUUAGACAUCUAAAAGCGCAGCAGUUAGAAUGGAUAAUUGGAAAAGCAUCAUUAGAUCAAGAAAAUAUUAAAAUAAGUAAAGUAAGAACUUUGAGUGAACUUUUUAUGGAUGAAACUAAACCUAUCUUAGAGUUAUCAGAAUUUGCUGCUAGGGGAAUUGAGUAUUUAGUGGUGAUUAAUGAAAAAAGAUUUAUCCCCUGGCGAAGUGUUAUAGAAGUUGGAGCUCUUGCUGGUAUUCAAAUUGCAGUAGGUGGUGUGUUAAUAACAACAGGAUUCUGGUCCUCUUUUGGAAUGGGCUUAAUUACUGAAGGUGCAGCAGAUAUAAUUACUGCUUAUGGAGCUUACAGCACAAGGUAAUUUUCUUGGUCAGAUUAUUGGAAUCAGAAAGCAACUAGUUUAGUUAUAUCACUGCUAUCUUGGGGAUGGCAAAGAUUAAAAAAUGCAUGUAAUGGAGCUAAAAAUUUAUUAUUAGAAUUAGAAUAAGAGGCAUUAGAGCAGGUAAGUACCAAAGUUAUUAUGAAUGGUUAAAAAGUAAUACUUAAAGAAGCAUAAAAUCAAGUUAAAAGUUAUGCAUCUCACUCUGCAUUAAAAUAUUUCAAUCCACAAAUUUCCUUAUUUAUACAAAAUUAAGUUAAUAGUAAGUUAUGCCAUUCAAACUUAAUGGGUUUAAUACGUAAGAUGUAUGCAUUAGAUAGUAUGAGUAAAUCACAAAAAAAUCUCAGAGGAUUAAUAGAUAGAAUAGUGUCUGAAACUAUCAAUCCAGAGAGCAUAGGUAUAAAAAUAUUAGAUAUUUAUAAUGUCAUGCAUUAGAUUCCAAUUAUUGUUGAUAAAAUUCAUGACCAGCUAGUUAAAAAAUUUUCCCAAAUUGAUAAGGAAACGUUACAGAUAGCUCAACUGCUACACAAAUAUUGUCAUAUAGAAGAAAAUGAUGCUAUAUAAAUUACUGAAAUAUUAAAAAAAGAAGAUGUUAUAAAAAUAGAUAACGGGAAUUUGGAUCAAGUUUAGUAUUUUUGCAGUAGUAUUACUUGGGAAAAAAUUAAAAAAUAAGAAUAUUUUAGCAAAUACAUGAAAUAAUUAACCUUUUAUUAUGAAUACGUAAAUCCUCUAGCAUUCGAAGCUAACGUGUAAGACCAUGGAAACUAUAAAAAGCCAAAAACUAGCCUUGAUAGACUAAAUUUUGGUAAUCACAACCAACAUAAAAGUAAAGUACUCCAUUUCUGUAAAACUUUGCAUGAAAGCACUUCAUCUGUACAAAUAGCAGAUCUAAGUCAAAUAAUUAAAUCGGUAUCGGAUUUAAUUAUGGAAUAAUUUAUUCAGAUUACAGAUGAGCUAUUGAUUUUAAAAUGA